AAAUGGGCGUGGUCACUGUGCUGCGUGUGCUCAUCAUCAGUUUGUUCGUCUGUUUUCUGCCACACAUUAGUUUUACUUUUACAUAAACUUUUUUUUCUCGUUACUUAGCAUCGUUAAGUCUGUUUUUAUUGAUUUGCGUUUUAUUUUUAAGUUAUUCUUCCAGCACUUGUUUUGGCUUCGUCUCUCAGGACACUCAGAUUUUUGGGAUUGCUCUCUCUGGAUCAUGUUUAAGUGUGAUGGCCCCAAUCUUCACCCGUUUAUUCAUUCAAUGGGUCUCACAUCGGCUCAGAGGAUCAAGGGAAUCCUCCUGGGAUCUGUACUCUUUCCCAUCCGCCUCACUCUCUCCAUCCUCUUCUUCCUGCUGAUGUGGCCCGUCGCUCGACUGCGAUUGGCCGGUUUAUCUGAGGCGGAGCGGGCAGUGCCUGUGCAGGGAUGGCGUCGGUGGUUCUUUCAUCCCAUCAUGGUCUUCCUCAGUCGAUCGGUUUUCUUCUGCACCGGUUUCCUGUGGAUUAAAGUGAAAGGGCGUCAGGCGGGGUUAAAGGAGGCUCCUGUGUUAGCCAUAGCUCCUCACAGCAGUUUCUUAGACAUGCUGGUGCUGCCCAUGACCGGUCUGCCGACUGUCGUGUCCCGAUCUGAAAACGCCAAAUUACCUGUGAUAGGAGCAUUACUGGAGUUUAACCAAUCAGUUCUGGUGAGCAGAAAAGAUCCUGAAUCCAGAAAGAAGUGCGUUUCUCAGAUCCGAGAGAGGGUGACGUCUAACGGCCACUGGCCUCAGAUGUUGAUGUUUCCAGAAGGAACGACGACUAAUGGUCAAGCGCUGAUCAAAUUUAAGCCCGGUGCAUUUUUAGCAGGAGUUCCCAUUCAGCCCGUCUUACUUCAUUACUCUAAACCUGACACAGUUCGCUGGACUUGGAAGGGAACGACUUGGUUUGAAACUCUGUUGCACACAAUGUCUCAGCUCUACACGCGUGUCACUGUGGAAUUUUUGCCCGUCUACACACCAUCAGAAGAAGAGAAGAAGAAUCCAGAUUUAUAUGCAGAAAAUGUACAGAAGCUCAUGGCAAAAGCUCUGGGUAUUUCAGCGACAGAUUAUGUAAUGGAGGGACGUUUUCCCGUUCAGAAGUUGGGAAGUCUGUCACUGCCUGUGGAAUCUCCAGCUCAGGAAACUCUCAGACUCCUCCGUCAGCACGGUCUCAAUGACACUCGUUUGAAAACGGUGAUGGACACUAUGAUUGACAGCUGUCAGUCAGAUCAAAUCACUAUGGUAACAGCAGAUCACCUGACCUCUCUAUUUGGACUCACCGACAGAAAGACGGCAGUAAAGAUCUGCUCACUUUACUCAAAGGAUGAUACAGUCGAUCUGAAACACAUUUAUUUGAGUGUUUCUGCAGUUUGUGGAUUUAGAAGUCUGGAGUCUCUCAUACACACAGCAUUCACGUGGUAUGACAGCGAUCAUGAUGGGUUGUUGAAUGCAGAUGAUCUGUCUGGCCUGAUGGAGGCGUUAGUGGGCGUCCCUCAGUAUGACAUCACACAGAUGUACAGCACACUGACCAGCAGAGGUCCACCGACUGAGGCUUCUCUUCAUAACCUACUGAUGACAGAUCCAGUAUACAGUAAACUCUUGAUUCAUCUUCACACCUCCAGUGUGACCGCUGAUGGAAAUCAUAAUGGGAUAAUAAAUGAAAAAAACAAUGGCAUUAAUAACGGUUAUAAGAAGCUAAACUAAAGGAGAAGUCUUUUAUCGGUCAGUAACUGUAUUGUUAUACUCAGACAGGCGUUAGUAUUUUUUCAGUCGUGUAUUUUAAGAUGAUGAGAAUUCAGGCUAUGAGUUUGUGUGUCAUUUUAUUUUAUUCCUGUUUUUAUGAAGAGCUGCACGGUUAGAGAUUUUGUGACUGUAUCACUACUGUAUGUGCCUUAAAACUAAAGUCUGUCUUUUUAAAGAAUAGUGUUUGAAGUAUUUGUAUAGUUGUUGUAUUUAAAUAUUGCUCUCAUUUUAAGCUAAGUUUACUUGGCGAAGUAAAAAAUUUUGUAUUAACAAAGAAGACAAGUUGAUGUCAUAUUUUAUACUUUAAUAUAUUAAAAUGUCUAAAUAAUAA